CAUCUCACCCCUUUUCUCCCGAAGCCCUUCGCUGCACACCGCGCGGGCACCUUGUAGCCUGUCAACACCCACCACCCCGGGCCCAACAUGGUGCUCUUUAAGAGGAAGCCUAUUCGCUACCUGCAGCAUCCUCAUAUCGACGAUCAAGACACUGAUCUCUGGGUCAUUCCCGAGACCAACGAAGUUUUUGUCUCGUACGAUGCAUACCUUGAGCGCAUGGACUUUUACAAGUCCAAAAGAUUCACCUGCGAAGUUUCUGGUCGAUCAGGUUUAAACUUUUUCGACGCGCUCAGAAGCGAACAAGCUGGCUCGCGAGAGAUUGAUGAAGCCUUUCCUCAGGCUUUGCGCGAUCCUGUCUUACGUCGUGUUCAAUUCUCAACCACUUCCCGCAUCGACAACUUGGUUGAGGAAGUUUUUAAUGAUUUCAAAAACGAUUUUUACCCGGGAGAACUUGUCACUGCCAUUCUACAUGACGACACGAGGUUAACUGGUUACGUGAGGGAAAAGGCAAAGUUCGCCGAAAUCAAAGGUCUGGACGGAAAGGUCAUUAGAGAUGCCUUUUCAAGAUACUUUGUCAGACUACCCGACCGACCGGGAGAGGAGGCUCUUGUCGACGACAACCACAUUGUGAGAGACCGCAAGGUCUUUACCAAACAAAUGUUGCGUUCCUUCAUCAAAAACACCGUCACGCGAGAAGGUUGGAACGGUGCACCCUGGCUUGUCAAGCCUGAGAUCGCCCGUCGUUUCCGCAUCGAUACUACUGUGCCUGCUCAUCUGCUGUAUAGCACCAAGGUGGCUGCUAAAAAGGCAGAGAAGAGAAACAGCACUAAUGCCGUCGCCAAAGAGGAAGUGGAUACUGGAAAUACUUCUGCCACCUGGCCAACACAACGCUUUCCUGAGCUGAAGCCGGCCCCAAAGUCCAAGAAAGGUCAGCAACCACAAAAUGGCCAGGUCGCCGAACAACAGCAAUACUACUACCCGCCACAGCCGCACGAUGUCCACCCCGAUCAUGCUUACCCACCACAUGGCUAUCCCGUACAAUAUCCUCAGUCGCAGCACGGCUACUACAAUGGCUAUCCCCCAGAUGGUCGAAAUUACAACAUCUACCCUUCGUCGCAAAGGGGCGUCCCUCAUGCUGCGUCGGUUCAAGUUCCACAAGCGAUCCCUCCACCACCUCCACCGAUUAAGUAUCCCAUCGAUGACAUGGAAGUUGAGCCACUUCGAGAUGGAACCCAUCGACCCAGCCUGAAAUUUGUCACCAAGACGCAGGCCAAAGGAUUACCCACGUCCAAUUCCGUCAUUCCCGGUCUGAAAGAAGGCACUGUCGGUCUCCUGCUCGAAAUCUGGAACACCGUCAAUGUCUACUGCCAGGUUCUCAAACUCGAUUCAUUUACUUUUGAUGACUUCGUCGAUGCAAUGCAGUUUUCAUCUGUCGAAGCUGAUUGCGAGCUCUUUGUCGAGAUCCACUGCGCCCUUUUGAAGCAGUUGGUUAACAGCGAGCAUGACGGUGAUGGAGAAAUCCAAAUCUCCCUGCCGGACCUCCCAGAUUCCGGUGAGGAAGAUGAGGAUGACGAAUCAGAAGUAGAAGAGAGCAGACCGCCCACACCCACCCCAGAACCCGAGUAUCCUGCCAAACGAACACGAAGCAGUCUAAAUAAAGUUCAGUUUGUCGAACCCGAUCCUGAGCCAGAACCUGAAGAGCCCGUCAUCACCCAUCGUGCCGCCGAAAUGUUUGACGAAUACGGUUGGAUUGACCGACUCCGGAAGCGAGAUUUCCGCAAUGGAGGUUGGGAGUUGAUCAUGGUUGGCUUGCUGCAUCAAGUUUCUGGACGGCCCCGAUUGACUGAUGACUGCAACGCCAUCCUGACUCACCUGGCUCCUCUUGAUGCCGAUGCCGUUAUUGACACGGCCGCCAUCCAGUACUCCACGAUGGAUAUCAAUCUGAGGGCUCAAGCACUCCAAAUCAUCUGUCGGCUCUUCUUGGAAACAAAGACAGUCAAAGACUUCCUAGAGGAAAUGAGCAACACAAUGACACAAUACCGCAAAACGAAAAUUGAGCACCAACGAACUCGAAAAGAGGCGCUGGCCAGACUGAAGGAGCUCCAAACGGAGAAGCGACUAUUGGCGCCCGAGCCGGAGAAAUCGCCCUCUCCCAUUACAGAGCUUGAGGAUGCAAUGGAGGCGGACAAGGACGCUGAUGGCGACAUUUCUAUCCCUGAUUCUGAAGAUGAGGCACCGGUCAUGACUCGCUCACUGAGACGAGGUAACGAUAGAGCAGCUGAACGAAAACGAAAACGGGAAGAAGAACAAGAAAGGAAAGAAAAAGCAGCAGAGGCCAAGCAAAACAAAGGAAGCAGGGAAUACCAGAAAGUGCUGAAACAGAUUGAGAAAGAGAGAGAAAAGCUCCAAGAGGCGGAAGACCAGAUUAUGAUUGUCGACAGUGAUUUGCGAGAAGCCGACUGUCCACGCACUCGAGUUCUUGGGAAAGAUCGAUUCUGCAAUCGUUAUUGGUGGUUUGAACGCAACGCAAUGCCAUAUGGCGGGUUGCCAGACAGUUCCACGGCCGAGGCCGGGUAUGCAAACGGUCGGAUCUGGGUCCAAGGUCCGGAUGACAUGGAACGGGAAGGCUACAUCGACGUUAAUGAGAUGGAGCGGAAAGCCUACUACCACAACUUCCAAAUGACACCCGCAGAGCGCAAAAAGGCCGAGGAAGGAUCAACCCACCUGCGAACGGCACAACAAUGGGGCUUCUACGAAACCGCCGAAGAGCUCGACAUGUUGAUUGGAUGGUUAGAUCCGCGAGGAAUACGCGAACUCAAGCUCAGGAAAGAGUUGUCUUUGCAUCGCGAUACGAUUAUCAAGUACAUGGAGACCAGAGCUGAGUAUCUGGUACCUCGGGAGCCAUCUGAGGAGCCUGCGACACGGAUGUCGACCAGGACCAAAACAUACAUCAACGACAAGAGUCAUCGUUGUCUGAAGUGGCAAAAUAGCACCGCACUGGGAGAGCUUGGCCACAAGCAUAUCGACUUGCCCCCUCGGCCACGGACUGGUCGCGGCAAGAAGAACUCGACGAAUUAUGACGAUAAUCCAAAAACACGAAAUAGUGCUUCGGAUAUGACAGUCGUUCUGAACCGACAGGGUAAGCCUGUUACUCGACAAGGUUCACGGUAUGCAUUCUAGAAAUCUAGAGAAAUCUAUGGAGUUGAGUAUUGGAAAAGCAAUUGGAGCCUGUCAUUUGACGUCAACCACGAUCACGAUGAAAAUGAAGUGCAUUGAAACGGUGGUCAAACAGCAGAGCGAGUGAGCAUGGCGUUUGAGAGUGGAUCCAAGGAGGUGCAAGACCUUGUCUUGGACGACCUCGCUGAGUGAGUCCAACAAUAUGGGAGUAUGUAGGGUUGAAGAAGAUGAUCUCCCAUAACAUAACGGACGUUGGUAAAUUGGUUUUGGACCAAAACAUGGUAUUCGACAUCUACACAUGAAUGAGCCUUUCCCCUGGUAUGGCUUAUUAGGCCUUUAUGCGGAACAGAGUAUAAUAACAAUUUGCC